AUGAUUGAUACUUCAAACCAUGAUCAUACGACUACCGAGUCAAUCAGUGAUUCGAACAAGAUGGACGACUCUACUCUACGCACUAUCGGACAAGGGAUUUGCGGCACCGUAUGGGCAUCCGGCAAAGGUCCAGCUUACAAGAGAGAGGACGGCGGGCCCGACAGAGUCUACGAAGCAUUCCAACGAUCGGAAUAUGUAUUUCAGAAUCCCAUGCUUUUAUCAAAGCGGAAAAUUCGAAACGGUGGUCAGCAAACCAUCAAAGUUCCCACCCGGUUUUCGAACGCCAUGCAGUCUGAUUCAGUCGCAACGCAUAAAGCCUUUCCCUGA